AUGCGCUUUAAGCAUCCGCCGGAACGGACGAACAGAAACGCACUACGGAACGGGAUAAACCUGAAAAAAGCGUGGAAGGCAGGAGAAAUGGAGCUCGCGUGCAUCCUUGCCGUGGCCCUCGCGCUGGCGGCCGCGGGGCCGGCCGCGGCGCAGCAGACGAACUCGCUCCCCGGGCAGCCGCCCAUCGUGACCAACGGCCAGGUUCUCCCGGACUUCACCUUCGUCCAGAGCACGUGGCUCCAAGCGGCCGGCGGCGCCGGAGCGAAACAGAGCUACACCGACUUCGACCUGUACAACUUCCUGAUUAACACCGAGUGCUUGGAAGCCGAGUUCGACGCGUGGGCGACCUUCGGAGUCCCGCUCCACCCUUCUCUGGUCGCCGGAGGGCCCCCCCUGAUCGGCGCCGCCCGGGCAAAUAUUUCCCCCGAGCUGCUGCCGUUCGCUCAGGAGACCGCGCGCGACGAGGCGGGCCACGUCAGGCUGAUCCGCUCGGCGAUCGGCGGCUUCGCCUCGCCCUGCCCCCUGAUCAACGCCAGCGCUUUCGCCGACUUUGUCGGGAACGCGGUCGUGCUCAAGUUCGGCCCCCAAUACGCUGGGCCCCCGUUUUUCGACCCCUACGCCAAUGACGUCACCGUCUUCAUCGCGAUAUGGUCGCUCGAGGAGAUCGGGGCCACUGGGGACAAGGGUAUUACGGUGCUGAUUGAGAACGCGACCCUCCGCGACGGCGCCGCGGGUUUGGCGUCGUCGGCUGGCUACCAGUCCGCAGCGCAGCGCUACAUUCUGUGGGAGCGGCGCGAUCAACCGGUGCCGCCGUUCAACCUGACGGUCGCGCAAGUCGUGGAGGCGAUCUCCCAGUACCGCGACAGCCUGGACGGUCCGCAGAAUGACGACCAGGGAUUGUUCUUCGACGGCGGGAUCAACAUCGUGCCCACUGACGGAAACGGUGUCACCUUCUCCCGCACGCCGCAGCAGGUCCUGAGCAUCCUCACCUUCGGCUCCAAGGACGGCAAGGGCGGCUUCUUCCCCAACGGUGUGAAUGGGCGCAUCAACCUGCCCUGCCCCCUGGGCCCGGUUUAUGGCAGCACCCGCCCGGGGACUGUUUACCCGCCCUUCGACGGAACCGGUUUGGCGGACACAAACACGAACGAGCGCCUCGGGGGAAUUCCCUUCCAGCCGCGCCCCCCGACCGUCAGCCAGCCUCCGGCUCCCGACACGGGAGCCCCGCCCGAGGCGAACUUUGACGGUUACCUGUCUCCGUCUCCCGGUUACCCCCCUCAGACCGGUUACUCCCCCCCGACCGGUUACUCUCCUCCGAGCGGAUAUUCUCCCCCGAGUCCCCAGUAUUACUCGCCCCCCAGUCCGCAGUCCUAUUCGCCCCCGCAAUACGCUCCGCCGACCUAUGGGGGGAGGUAUAGGAAGAAGAAGGGAGGGGAGGACCGCUGA